AAUUCGUGAUCAUCCAGUUGAUCAGUUCCUUGAUUUUUCUUUUCAUUUUUACAGUCGAUAUCCCUAAUUUCAAUCGUAUCAUAACCAAGAAAAACUCGCAAAUUCAUGUUUUUCCACUGUUUAUGUAUGUAUAACAAUGUAAUUAAUCGUCUAGGUUACUGCUUUCCCAAGCAAUGAGUCUAUUGAAAGGCAUAAUCGAGUCGUUAGGUUCAGUCUUCUCUUCAAUUCAUCAGUCUGAAGAAGCAAACGGUGACAUUAGCAGCUAUACGGCCAUGGAAGGCGGAGUAACGAACGAUCGCGUCGCAUAUAAGCUGAAAGGAUAUUUUGAUUUGGCAAAGGAAGAGAUUGAUAAAGCUGUACGAGCUGAAGAAUGGGGUUUAGCUGACGAUGCAGUCGUUCGUUAUCAAAACGCGCAACGAAUACUCGCUGAAGCUAAUUCUACACCUGUUCCAUCUUAUAUUACCGUUAGUGAAAAGGAGAAGGUCAAAUCUUAUCGUGAAAAAAUAUGUAAAUGGCAGGGUCAAGUUUCUGAGAGAUUACAAGCAUUGAAUCGGCGAGCAGGUGUUUUUUCAGCCGGCACGUCGUCAAACAAGAACAACUUAACUCAUGCACAUACUGCUGCAGUUCCAUCAUCAACAUCAAAUUUUAAGCAAGAUCUGUCUCAGAAGUCUCAUUGUUCUAGAAACACUCCUGUAAUGAGGAACCAGCCAGAUAAAGCUGCAAAAUCAAAACUUGCCCAGAAUCUGAAGUCUCCUAGUUCGACUGGAAACACUCUGGUAUUCAGGACUCAACCUGAUCAAGCAGCAAAGCCAAAGUCGGGGCAAGAUUCUGAUAAGGGUUAUGAAGCCAAACUGGUUGAAAUGAUAAAUUCCGCAAUAGUGGAUAGAAGUCCAUCAGUUAAUUGGGAUGAUGUUGCUGGUCUUGAGAAGGCAAAACAAAGUUUAAUGGAAAUGGUAAUUUUGCCAACAAAGAGAAGGGACCUGUUCACUGGGCUUCGAAGGCCAGCUAGAGGUCUGCUUCUCUUUGGUCCACCUGGUAAUGGAAAAACCAUGCUUGCCAAAGCUGUUGCGUCAGAGUCACAGGCAACAUUCUUUAAUGUCUCAGCAUCCUCAUUAACAUCAAAAUGGGUGGGAGAGGCUGAAAAGCUUGUUCGGACUCUCUUUAUGGUUGCAACAUCCAGACAGCCAUCAGUAAUUUUCAUGGAUGAAAUUGAUAGUAUUAUGUCAACGAGGUCGGCCAAUGAGAAUGAUGCAAGCAGAAGGCUGAAGUCGGAGUUUCUAAUACAAUUUGAUGGUGUGACCUCUAAUCCUAAUGAUUUGGUUAUUGUUAUUGGUGCUACCAAUAAGCCACAGGAACUAGAUGAUGCAGUGCUUAGAAGACUGGUGAAGAGAAUAUAUGUACCUUUACCAGAUAAAAGUGUUAGGAUGGUUCUUCUCAAACACAAACUCAAAGACCAAUCUUUUUCCUUACCUGAUGCGGACCUUGAAAGACUUGUUAGAGAGACGGAAGGAUAUUCCGGAAGUGACCUGCAAGCUUUAUGUGAAGAAGCUGCGAUGAUGCCAAUUCGAGAGCUUGGUGCCAACAUUCUUACUGUUAAAGCAAAUCAGGUGAGACGAUUAAGAUAUGACGACUUUCAGAAGGCAAUGACCGUCAUUAGACCCAGUUUAAGCAGAAGCAAAUGGGAAGAGCUCGAGCGAUGGAAUGAGGAGUUUGGAUCUAGUAGCUGAAGUGUUGUCCUAAAAAACAGUAUACAUAAUUCAUUACAUUCUGCAAUCUGCAGCAGUUCGUUUAUGAAAAGCAAAUUAUAUGGCAUUCAGAACUACAAAUCCUAGUACAUCUAAUUUGUAUAAAUAUGUUUUUUUUGUUAAUGAUUGAAUUCAGAGCAAUUCAUGUUUGUUCUAUUCUGUUGGAUUA